AUGAAACAUCGAGUGCUGGUGACCUCUGUUACUGACUGUAUCUUAAACGGCGCCAUCCGUGUCGUCACUUCAAGCAGCAAACGUUUGUACCUGAAGGUCUAUAUGCUAGCAAUGCAAGGGGAUGGGAUUUGUCUGCCAGGCUUUGAUGUCUACCAUCGUCUUCCAAUAAAUUGCUGGCCUCAACUGACUCAAAUCCCGGACUGUCCAGAAUCCGGGACAGGUGGCGACCCUAUGUACAACCUACGUGUUGUGUUCCUCAACAACCAAGCAGCCUCGUCUGUCCUUGAACGCUCAAGAAGAGCAAAUUCAUUAUGGGAGGAGGUGAGGCCAGGAAACAUGGAACGGGAGUGUGUGGAGGAGUUGUGCGACUACGAGGAGGCCAGAGAAAUCAUAGAGUCAGAUGAUGCCACGAAAAUUUUCUGGCAACGGUAUCAAUCAUGUGAACCACAGAAGAAGCCGCCCAGGGAGACAUUGCUUACCUGCCUGGAAGGUGAGACCUUCUGUGACUGUGCAUCUGGCCUCGGGCAAAAUUACAGAGGGGUCCUCAGUGUCACCAGAUCUGGAAGAGAGUGUCAGUACUGGGCCAGCAAGUUUCCACACCUGACGAAGGUGAAUCCAACCACUCAUCCCGACAAAAACCUGACGGAGAACUAUUGCCGAAACCCUAAUGACAACCCACUUGGUCCAUGGUGUUACACAAAAGACCCUGAAAAGCCCACAGAGGAGUGUGCUGUGCUAGUAUGUGGUACAAAAAAAACCACAGUUGAGCCAAUCGUACUAGUAAAACAGGGGCCUGCACAGACACAGGACGUAUCAUGUGAACCAAACCGCGGAUUACAAUACGAGGGGAAUCUGUCGGUUACCGUGUCAGGACUGCCAUGUCUCCCCUGGAACUCAGCAGAGGUGGAGCUGCACAGCCACAAGGAUUUCCGUAAAGACGUUGUACUAAAGGAAAAUUAUUGCAGGAACCCAGACAACGAUGAUGAGGGAGUGUGGUGCUAUGUAUCUCACCCCAACCAGACGUUUGAUUAUUGCAGCGUAAAUUAUUGUGACAGUCCUGUAGAUGAAGAAACAACCUCUGUCAUAGGGGGACGCACAGACACGGUACAACACCAGACUUUCUUUGAUGAGAAGAGUUUUGGCAAGGGAGAGGCAGUGUGUGGACAGCGGCCUCUCUUUGAACCCAAGAAAGUGAGAGACAAGGGAGAGGACGAGUUGAUAGCGUCCAUGCAGGGUCGUAUUGUGAAGGGAGAGGACGCCGAACGGGGCAGCGCACCUUGGCAGGUGAUGAUCUUUAAAAAACAGCCACAGGAGCUGCUCUGCGGAGCCAGUCUUAUAAGUGAUCAGUGGAUACUCACGGCAGCUCACUGCAUCUUCUACCCUCCAUGGGAUAAGAACUUCACGGUGGAUGAUCUGCUGGUGCGCAUUGGAAAGCACAAUCGGCAAAAGUAUGAAAAGCCAGACGAAAGAAUUCUACAGCUUCAGCGCAUUAUCGUUCACCAAAAAUACAACUGGAAGGAAAAUCUUGACCGAGACAUCGCACUCAUGCAGUUGAAAAGACCUCUGAUCUUCACCAACUACAUCCACCCUGUGUGUCUGCCCACCAAGGAUAUUGUACAAGCACUUUUUCAGUCAGGAUACAAAGGUCGAGUGACAGGUUGGGGGAAUCUUCAGGAAACGUGGAGCUCCGGCGGUCCUAAACUCCCAACCCUCCUACAGCAGAUCAACCUUCCCAUUGUGGAGCAGGAGACGUGCAAAGCCUCCACCAAGAUUAAAGUCACAGAUAAUAUGUUCUGUGCAGGUUACAAACCAGACGAUAACAAAAGAGGAGACGCAUGUGAAGGAGACAGCGGUGGUCCCUUUACCAUGAAGGACCCGGUCAGCAAUCGCUGGUACCAAAUGGGAAUAGUGUCCUGGGGUGAAGGCUGUGACCGCGAUAACAAGUACGGCUUCUACGCACAUGUGCACCGUUUGCGGAAAUGGAUUAUGAAGACCGUAGAACAAAAUGCCAGUUAAUAUGCCUACUGUAAGAAAGUCAAAUCUCCCGGCAUCCGUUACUGAACUGUGCAAGGAAGAGCACUGAUCUACAAUGCACCAUCCUGUGUCUUCUCAGCGCAUUGCAGCUCAACAUCCCCCAAUAGUAUAUUUGUGCAUGUCAAUAAAGUGAUGUAAUCACCUC